AGGAAUUUAAAAAUUUGCAUUUCCCGGCAAACCUCGCUGCAAUUGGAGAAGAAAACGAUUCGUUCCACAUCGUCUUCCAUCUUGCUCCAUCCAAUCUCACGGUCAAAUUCUCUUUCUGCUCUCUCUUGGUAGAAACUGCAGAUACCAGAAGCUUAAAUUCAUUUUAAGGCUUUUUUUCUUUAAACCAUUUGUUACUUUUCUCAGUAAAAACUCGGUGGAUUUCAAAAUUCUAAGAAUAUAAUUUGAAUUGGUGUAGCGAUUCAAGUGUGUGUGCGGAAUCUGGGAUCUUUCUAUUGGUUAGGGUUUGACUCUGAGCUUCCACGAUUGAUUUGAUAUAUGGAUUGUCCCAUUAGAGGUAUGGAAACUGUGGUAGCAACUGUUAGUGGCUACCAUGGGUUGGAGCGGUUCAACCUCAUCAAGCUGAUAUCUCAGGCUGGUGCCAGUUAUGUGGGUGCGAUGUCAAGAUCUAAUACACAUUUGGUGUGUUGGAAAUUUGAGGGAAGGAAAUAUGAUCUUGCCAAGAAGUUUAAAACAAUUAUAGUUAACCAUCAGUGGGUGGAAGAUUGCAUAAAGCAAGGGAAGCGUGUUCCAGAGCAACCCUACAUGCUGCAAAGUGGAAAAGAAGUGGGGCCUUUAUUGCUGGAGGUCCCAAUUCCUGACAAGGUUGGAUUCUUGAACGAAAACCCUAAAGCACUGGCUGACAAAUCCAAUAAUUCUGAAGGCUAUGAAAGACUACUAACUGGUAUGGUCUGUGGAAAUUCUGGCCUUGCGACUUGGACCAGUUCUUUUUUGUUGGAUGAGAAUUUUUUUCCCGAGGUCAAUAAAAAGAACAUUAGUGCAUCUAAAUCAAAGCCAAAUCAGGUAAACAAAUCUUCAAAGCAGGAACGCAGGUCAAGUGGUAGAUACUGUUUUCAGGACCCUCCUUUAUCUGGUUUAGUUACAUUGGAGCAUGAAGGGCCUGUGAGAGAGAAAGGGAGGAUUUCGGGGCAUGAGAGGCCAAAUACUUGUUCUGACAAGCAACUAAUGAGGGGAAAAAGGAAGAUUUCUGAUAAUAUUGGAAGCACUUCUUUGGCUGAACCUUCUCGAAUUGGACGGAGGCUUGUGAAGAAAAAUGUUAGCAGAUACAACAUGGAGAUUGUGUCUUUGGAUUCUGAUCAAGAGCUCUCUCCAGUGGGACUUCAAAACAAGAACAGUAAAACUGCACCUCCAUCUGAAAAUGAAUAUUGUGAAAGGAGUGUUAAUACAUUUGAAACUGGAAGAACAUCUGAUGCUGCCUUGAAUAACAGCAGGGCUUCUGCAUUUGAAUUUUCUAAUGAUAUUGCAGUGAUAAGAGAUUGGAAUCAUCUACCUUCCAAGGAUUCACAUUCACAUACUGAGGAGGCACAGACUGCAGUAGAAAGAUCAGAUGAUUUUCCUGCCAUUGAGAACUUUGAUGGAAAGAACAAGGAUGUGAGUCACUCUGAAUCCAUUACCAGAUUACCUACUUCAAUGGAAUUAUCAUGUGUUAUCUGUUGGACAGAAUUUAGCUCAACGAGGGGUGUUUUGCCAUGUGGACAUCGAUUUUGUUAUUCAUGUAUCCAAAACUGGGCUGAUCAUUUGAUUUCAAGUGGAAAAAUUUCAAGAUGUCCUUUGUGCAAGGGUAGUUUUGUAAGCAUAACUAAAUUUGAGGAUGUGGCCACUUCUGAUCAGAAAAUUUACUCUCAAACUAUUCCUUGUGCCUCCUCAACAACAGAUAUUUUCUUAUUAAAUGAUCAAGAAGGAGGCAGAUUUGGUGCUGAGCAGUCUUCAUUAGCAUCAGUUUGUGGUGAAUGCUGUUGCCGGGAACCUGAGGAUCUCCUAAUUACUUGUCAUUGCUGCCAGAUUCGAUGUAUUCAUAUAUACUGCCUGGACCCUCCUCUGUUACCAUGGACCUGCAUUCACUGUAAGGAUCUCCAAAGGCUCUAUUAUCAAGCCAGAUAAUAUGUUUCUCAGGAGUACAUUGCUUACGCAGCAAGGAUCUUCAUAUCUUAUACUCGUAGGAUUUUAGCUUCAGUGCUGCUCAUGCAGUUUUGAUCCGUGUAAAUCACUGAAUAAAAGGUUAUGCUUUUCCUUCUUUCAACAGUCAUUGCUAGUAUCAGCAGUUGAAACUGCUCAUAGUCAUUAACCGAACAACAUUUGGCACAUCAACUAAUAGUGCCUCUUAUCAUUACACCCAUUAUUGUCUUCAAAAUCUCAGUUAUUACUUGAUUAUGACAAUAUUCUCUUA